CAUCAAACACACCAUGAAUUGAAAUUUAAUACAGUAAUGGCUAAUUGGGUACCGACGCAAAGUUUGUUGUCUUCCUUUCAUUUGAGCUGGUGCGUGGAGAAUUUUACUUUCCCUUCCCAUCUGCGCGUGUCCGACAUCCCAACGUAGAUCCAUUUCCAACAGAAUCAAUAAAACUCUAUUUGGAUAUACGUACACAUAUUCAUCUAUAAAUAACCCAAACCAAUUAAAUAUUGAGAUACCUCGUCAAACAAACCCCAACUCUGUCGUUUUCCAGAUAUUAUAUAUCAACAUGUGGUUUGUAUCUAGACAUUUUGUAUUUUCAGUACCAAUACUUCUGCUGUUGCUUACCACCACACCUUGCUUAUCUUCUUUUGUGAAGAGUGAAAAUAAGAUAAAAUCAGCUGUUUUUUUGUCUCCUAAAUUUGAGCUAGGACCUGGAUCUGUUAUCAAUAGAUAUUAUUAUGGUAUUGAUUUUCCAAAAGGUCAUAUAGCACUCAAGAAUUUCAAUGCUGAGGUAGUUGAUGAAGCUGGUAAUUCUGUACCGCUCCAUGAAACCUAUCUCCAUCAUUGGGUUGUUGCAAGAUAUUAUCAAAGGAAACAUGUCACACAUACAGAAAAUGAUAGCCAUAGGAUGCUUCAUAACUCUAAUCAUGCUCUGGUUAGGAACAGUGGCAUAUGCCAGGGAAAUGUUCUUGGACAAUACUUUGGCCUUGGAUCCGAAACACGGGGAACGGAAACCCGUAUUCCGGAUCCUUUUGGUAUAGAGAUAGGUAAUCCAGAAGAUGUUCCUGAAGGAUUUGAAGAGAAAUGGUUGGUUAAUAUUCAUGCCAUUGAUACGCGCGGUGCCAAGGAUAGAAUGGGGUGCACGGAGUGUAAGUGUGAGCUUUAUAAUGUUACAGUGGAUGAAUAUGGAAGGACUAUAAGACCAGGUUAUGUAGGAGGUUUGUUAUGUUGUUCGGAUUAUGCACAGUGCAAGUUGAAGGAAGGAUUUGAGGGACCAAAGAGAAGCCUGUACCUAAGAUACACUGUGAAAUGGAUUGAUUGGGAUGAUUCUGUAGUGCCGGUUAAGAUAUAUAUAAUUGAUGUGACUGAUACUUUGAAACUACCAGAUGAUAAUUCAAAAGGAAUCAACUCGGAUCAUAAUUGUAAGGUUGAGUAUCGAGUUGAAUCUUGCAGCACGGAUCAUAAGGAGGGAAAUGGUUGCGUUCAUGUAAAGAAAACAAGUGUCCCACUUCAAACUGGCGGGUAUGUGAUCUAUGGUGUUGCUCAUCAGCAUUCAGGUGGAAUUGGAUCCACCCUAUAUGGACAGGAUGGGAGGGUCAUCUGUUCUUCAAUACCAAGUUAUGGAAAUGGAAAUGAAGCAGGAAAUGAAUCAGGGUACAUUGUUGGAAUGUCCACAUGUUAUCCUAAACCAGGUUCAGUGAAGAUAAUAGAUGGUGAAACAUUAACUCUAGAGUCUAACUACAACAGCACCAAGGAGCACACUGGAGUAAUGGGACUUUUCUACCUAUUAGUAGCAGAACAGCUUCCAUACCAACACUUCAGACAUUCUACUCGUUCUUCAUUUUUUAUGGAUACAAAUAAUAUGCUUUUAGACAGUUAGUGACACACAUAUAUGAUAAUAUAAAGUGGAGUGACAUGGAGGAUAUAAAAGUAAUAAACGAUUGAUUAAAGAGGAAUAAAGAGAAGAUUUGAUAGUGUUACCAAAUAAUACAGUCCUCUCUAUAUGCAUAUGCAGUGCAGACAGCUAUAGUAGAAAUACAAGAUAUUCUCAAGUUUACAUCAAUUUUUUAUAGUGUUUUAGUGAUAUUGUAUUUAUUGGCUUUGUCCAUUCUUGUAUCAUAUGACUAUGUGAUAAGUUUGUUGUACCAUAUAGCUGAUAAAUGUGAAAGUGACUUUCAUUUAUUUAGUAUGAGAAAAUAGAUCUGUUUUCACAAGAA